AUGGGCCCCACUCAGCACCACUGCUGCCCACAGCCGAAGAUGGGCGAUGCCUCGGCCCACCGGCCCUGGCCUAGGCCCCCGCGGCCCGCCCUGCUGCUGGUGCCCCUCCUUGUGGCGGCCGGGGUGAUGCCCUCGGACGGCGGCGCCAGCUGCCCGGUGCUAUGCACGUGCCAUAACCAGGCGGUGGACUGCAGCGGCCAGCGGCUCUUCUCCGUGCCCCCGGAGCUGCCCGUGGACACGCGCAACCUCAGCCUGGCGCACAACCGCAUCGCCGCCGUGCCGCCCGGCUACCUGACGUGCUACCGGGAGCUCCGUGUGCUCAGCCUACGCAACAACUCCCUGGUGGAGCUGCCCGCGGGCCUCUUCCUCCACGCCAAGCGCCUGGCACACCUGGACCUGAGCUACAACAACCUCAGCCACGUGCCCGCCGGCAUGUUCCAGGCCGCGCAUGGCCUCCUGCGCAUCGACCUCAGCCACAACCCGGGGCUGCGCCGGGUGCACCCACGCGCCUUCCAGGGCCUGGCGCAGCUGCGGGACCUCGACCUCAGCUUCGGGGGCCUGGCCUUCCUCAGCCUCGAGGCCCUCGAAGGCCUGCCCGGGUUGGUGACCCUGCAGAUCGGCGGCAACCCCUGGGUGUGCGGCUGCACCAUGGAGCCCCUGCUCAAGUGGCUGCGGAACCGCAUCCAGCGUUGCACCGCAGACUCUCAGCUGGCUGAGUGCCGAGGGCCCCCGGAAGUCGAGGGCGCCCCCCUCUUCUCGCUCACGGAGGAGAGCUUCAAGGCCUGCCACCUGACCCUGACCCUGGACGAUUACCUCUUCAUCGCCUUUGUGGGUUUCGUGGUCUCCAUCGCAUCCGUGGCCACCAACUUCCUCCUGGGCAUCACUGCCAACUGCUGCCACCGCUGGAGCAAGGCCAGCGAAGAGGAGGAGAUCUGACGCGGGCGCCCGGCGCCCCUCCACGCCGCCCACCACCGCUCCACA